AUGCAAAAUAAUCAUUUAGAGCAAGCUGAAGCUCGGUCAUCAAGCCCUUACGAUUACGAAAAUUCCAACAGUGGGGGUAACAUUGACUUGUCAGCUGCUAUUCAAGCUGAUGUAGAUAAACAUUGUGUAGGACUAGAUGUGGAUUGCAAUUCCUUGCAACGUCUGAAUGAUAUUGGUAGUUUUGCAAACAAGCCAAAUUUCGGUUCUGAAAGUGAUCGUCCUAAAGCGGAUUCGUCUUGUACUUCUUUGUCGGGGUCAUUGGUCGAGACCUCAUCCGCGACAGCAGAACUUUGUAAUUUGAAUGAAAAAUCGGACCUCGUUGAGACCGACGGUCGCGCGUCCGAAGACUCAAAACCUGAGAGUUUUAAACACUCCGUGUUUAUAACCUCUACCAUGGAGAAUAGUAACAAUGCAGUCGAUAGCGUGCCAAUGUUUCGUGAUAUAAGACAUUCUGAAAAUAUUUUCAAAUUACCAAUAACUGAGCUUUCUUUUAAUGGUACAAUAAAGCAUGUUCAAAAAUUGAAGCCCAUUGUGGAUCCCUUGACAGCCCUGAGCACUGCAAAUGCAGGUUUGGUGGGUUUGUCAGAUAAUAAUGGGACAGAGAGUACAGAAUGUCUGGCAGGCAGUAGUACAAUUGGUCAAUCUGCAGACAAAUUCAGUUACCAACAAAUCAGUGAUAUGAGUGAUGACAGGCAUACAUGUGAUGCUGAGAAAAUUGAUAAAACAGCUGAAAGUAGUCGAGAUUCUCAAUAUGAAGAUGCCAAUUAUAAAAAAGAUUGUGAUGCUGAUGAAGAAGGGAGUAAUGCUAAAUGGAAUUUAGAACAGAGCUACUCAUCUAUAGAGACAUCUUUUGACAGUGGGGUUAGGUCUCCUGAUAUGUUCUCUGAUGAUGAAGAAGAGCCUAGUCCAGCUCCUGAACCAUUCUGGAAUUUUAUUAAAGAUUUUGAAACUUAUGACAAAAAGAAAGUUAGGAAAAUUGAGGAGACUCUUCAAGGAAUUUUACCACCACCAUCAGUGACAACAUUAAAAACAGAUGUCACAGAAAUGCUUAAAAAGUAUUACUGCUUCCUUCCUGCCUUUAAUGAUGACAAUAAAAUCAACACUUUGGAAGUUAAUUCAAUGACACCAACCAAGAAGGUUUCUUUUGUCCACAUUCCAACAACUUCUACUGAAUCUUAUGAAAUACAAGAAAAUUCUUCCAAUGUAAAUACAAAGAAAUCUUAUAAUAGUAAUAUGGAGAAUCCUGAAUUAAAUACAAGUAUUAAUGACAAGAGCAUUGACUUGAAAAUGUGCACUGAAAUUGAAGUAAAGGAGACUUUAUGGCCAGAUGUUAUGAAGUGCAGAUAUUUUGAUGUGUAUUACAAUGUGUCAAGUUAUAGAGAAAAGUAUGAACUUUUACUUCAACGGUAUAUGGAGAGGUUUGUUGGUGGAGAAACUGACACCAGUGUAAAUAUUUAUUCCGGAGGAUUGCAGUCUCCGAGCAGUGCAAGCAAGCGGAAAGCAAUGAGACUUAAAAUGGCCCAGUUGAAGUCACCGGGACGUCGUCUUUCGCACUUGGCUCGUCGCCGGCAAGCAUUCUGCAGUGCUGCCACUAUCAAUGAGAAAGCCCAGGCUUCCUCGGCUAAGAUGGUGCUCAUUGAUAAAAAGAAGCUGAUAAAUUCCGCCGAGAGGAAAACACGACGUACGCCUAAUAAACGGACACCGACACGAAGGACACCAGGCAAAAAGACAUCAGCUGCGACUCCAAAGACCAAGAGUGGAGGGUCCAGUAAGAAAAAAGCUAUGAGAAGGCUAUUAAUGGAUACGGAAAGCUUAUCCCGUUCUCAGCCAACAAGAGAAACAUUGAAGAGGGCUCUGUUUGUUAGUCCUGAGAAUAGGAAAACUAUACCAAACACCGCUAGUUCUUCCGUACCGCAGCAAAAUAAUAGAUUCCGACGCGUAUUAUUUAGUUCUCCAGACCGUGCUGAGACUAAAAGUAUGGAUGGUACAAUUAGCGAUCAUUUCUUUAAGCGUAAGUGUGAAGAUGAACUAGACAAUGGCCGGAGCAAGAUAGCUAAGAGCUUGUCAUUUGGCGGAGAUACCUUCACCGUAUCACAACCCGUCCCGUUCGACCGCAGAGCGUCUGAAAUACUGACCACAAGGAAUCCAACUGAAUUAAACGAGAUACAUAAAAAGAAACUUUUAUGGGCGGUGUCGGAGGCGUUGCGUGCGCGCGGUUGGCGCAUGUCGUCGCCCGGUUUUCGGGAGAAAGCGGCGGCGCUGGCGCGGCUCACCAAGCGCUUGCUUACUCUGCCACCGCAUGCCGCCAGGCUCGCCGCGCCCGCACUCUCAACAUCAGAGACUAUGCUCAAAUUAGCGCGCCAAUAUGUGUACGCUAUCAUCCAGGGUCGGACUGUGGAAGAAUGUUUCCAAGAUGAACAGAUAAAGUUAGCAAAUGAAUCAAACAAAAUAUCCGGAUACAUAUCGCCUAAAGCAUAUCAUCAGAUGAAGACGAGACAGGUGUCGGCUUCGGCCACGCUCACAUCUCAAAUCAAAGAGAAUACUUGCUCAAAUUUAUCUAUUAGACAGGAACAGCCAAAGAGCUCCUCCAAGAAUAUUUUGCAGGACAAAUUAGUUAAUAUAGAUUCUAAUUCUAAUAGCAGCAUCGGUAUCAGCAUGCUUGAUAAAAUUGGCCUAUAUAAAUCCAAUUCGAUGCCAUCUUUCGAAGACGCUGCAAAGAUGCGAGCUAGAAGACAAAUUAGUUUUGACAGUGUUGACUUUCCGAAGAGGUGAUGUGUGUAAUGUGAUACAGAAUAUAUUUAGGAAAAUUAAGUGUGCUUAUAAACUUGAGUGUUGUCUGUCUGUGUGUUCAAGUAUCAAAACAUUGACAUAUUGUAUGUUUAGUUUUAUUAAUUUAUUUGAAGACAUUCAAUAUUUUUGACAUUUCAAUUUUUUUUCACUCGUGUUACGUCUUGUCGACUUUGUGACAGCUAAAUAUUGGUGUAUUUAUUCAUUUGCACCUUAAAUUUGUAGUUUAUAAUAUAUUUAUUGAGAGAAAUAUAUCAAGAUCAUUUUUAAAACAUUUGAAAUUAAAUGUUUGAAUAUUAUGAAUUUCCACAGCUUUUGUCUAUGGUUUAAUCAUUAUGUGUUCUAAAAGUUUGACAAUUAUUAAUAUUUAGGCAAUGUCAUAGUAAUACCUCUAUAUUAUUUUAUCAUGCUGUGCUAUGCUUUUUAAGCAUUUAUGAUAUAGAUUAUAGAUUAAUAAUAGGUUCCAAAUAUUAAGUACAAUUGUUUGAAAACAUAUGCAUAUGGAUACACUAAUUGUAAAAUAAAAAGAGCUUUUUGCAUGAGAUCUUGUUGGUGAGAUGCUUAUAACAUAUUAUUUAAAAAUUGGUUUUUGAUUUGUUAAAUACCACUCUUUGUUAAUGUAAGUACAUUUGCUUUUGAUAUAGUCAAAUUUGUAUAUGUCUUAAAAGGUCUUAAAACACAAUUAUUCAUCUGUUCGUAUUUAUAAGUUUUGACAUGCAUUAAUGAUGAAUUUAAUUGUAAUUUCGUGUUUUGUGCGUAAAAAGCGCUUCCUUUUGUUGUAUUUACUUUAAAGUUUAAUUUGUUUUAUGCACAAUUGUCAUUAAUUUUGCACUGGUAACCCUGUUUUAGGUAAGUUGUGAUAAGAUGGUAUUAUUACAUAUAUAAUGCGAACUGAAAUAUAAUUUUAGUGUGGACUUAUCUUGU